AAGCUAUGGCUUCAUAACGAAUUAAUUUUCAUGCAGUGCCCAUAAAAGUGUGCAGAAACGUUACAGUCCAUGUACAGGCAUUAAAGUUUAUGGGUAGGCCUGUACUCAUUCAUCAUAAUUUGUGUUUUAAUCUUAAGCAGUUUUGUGAUUAAUUAUACUUCCUCACAUUUAAUGUUGGACUAUUUCAGGCAACUGCACAAGUCCAGUGAGUUUGUAGAAGAACAAUGCAGUGCAUGAGGGAUCACACUGCCUUCUUUCCCUCCAUUCCCAGUAGGAAAUGUGAUGUUAUGUGAUGGCAUCACGCGGGAGUCAGAAAAUCCUGGUAGUCAUGCGCUAAUCCGGUAUUUAAAGUCGACGGUUCACUGGUUUGGGGAAAUUAGAAGGCAGGGGCUGGGGCGCAUGGGAGGUGACGUUUUACACACCACCAAGUUGACAGAAAGUAAUUCCUGAUGUGUUGAAGUGAUACACUUUCAUUUAGGAUAAAGGGUUAGUUGAAGUGCAUAUUUACAGGUAGAUAUUCAGUCAGGAAAACUGACAGAUCAUCGUGCGUAAAAUGUCUCGGUGCUGGUUUUUGGUGCUUGUGGGCGCGGCGUUCGUGAGCGCUCAGUUCCCCAGAGAGUGUGUGACACCCGAAGGACUCAGGAGUGGACGGUGCUGUCCGUCGCCCUCUGGACUCAACAACGACCCGUGUGGCGCCAGCGCUGGGCGCGGACAGUGCGUGCCAAUCGCGGCGGACGCGCGCCCACACGGCCCUCAGUACCCGCACGACGGACGGGACGAUCGGGAACGAUGGCCCAUCCGGUUCUUCAACAGUACCUGUCGGUGUAACGGAAACUUCAGCGGUUAUAACUGCGGCCGCUGCAAACACGGAUGGACGGGGCCCACCUGUAACCUGAGAGUUCCUGUUGUAAGGAGAAACGUGAUGCAGCUCAGCGCUGACGAGAAGCGUGCUUUCGUGAACGCGCUGGACCAGGCCAAGCGCACGGUGCACCCCAACCUGGUGAUCGCUACGCGGCGCUAUCAGGAGAUCUUUGGGCCCGACGGGAACACCGUGCAGUUCGAGAACGUCACCAUCUACAAUUAUUUCGUGUGGUCCCACUACUACUCGGUCAGCAAGACGUUCCUGGGCGCGGGACAGGCCAGCUUCGGGGGAGUGGACUUCUCACACGAGGGCCCCGGUUUUGUCACUUGGCACAGAUACCACCUGUUGCAGCUGGAGCGAGACAUGCAGGAUAUGCUGCAAAACCCCUCCUUCGCCCUGCCCUACUGGAACUUUGCCAUCGGCGGCAGCACAUGUGAUAUCUGCACAGAUGACCUGAUGGGAGCCAGGAGCAGCUUUGACAUGAAUUCCCUGAGCCCCAACUCUAUUUUCUCUCAGUGGAGGGUCAUCUGUGAGAGCGUGGCAGACUAUGACACGCUGGGAACAAUCUGCAACAGCACUGAGACCUCUCCCAUCAGGAGGAACCCAGCAGGAAAUGUCAACAGGCCGAUGGUCCAGCGUCUCCCAGAGCCCCAGGAUGUGGCGGACUGUCUGCAGGUUAACACUUUUGACACGCCGCCCUACUACUCUACCUCCUCUGAAAGCUUCCGAAACACAAUAGAAGGAUACAGUGCCCCCAAGGGGAACUAUGACCCUGUGGUGAGGAGCCUCCACAACCUGGCCCAUCUGUUCCUGAAUGGGACGGGAGGACAGACUCACCUCUCACCCAAUGACCCCAUCUUCGUCCUGCUCCACACCUACACCGACGCUAUAUUUGACGAGUGGUUGAGGAGACACGGUCCAGAUUCGGCUGUGUAUCCUGAAGUAAAUGCCCCCAUCGGUCACAACAGGGGCUAUAACAUGGUGCCUUUCUGGCCUCCAGUGAGCAACGCUGAGAUGUUCAUGACUGCCCCUGAAAAUCUUGGUUACUCUUAUGAAGCUGAAUGGCCAGGUCAAGCUUUCACUUUGAGCGAAAUCAUCACCAUGGCCAUAGUCUCUGCCCUCGUGCUCGUCGCAGCCAUCUUCGCCGUCACCACAUGUGCCGUGCGUGCCAGGUCUCGCAAGAUGGAGGGCCACCAGCCUCUGCUUGGGGAUCAGUACCAGCGCUACGAUGAUGAAAAAAGCCAGUCUGUAGUCUAAGAUCGGCGUUCAAAGGCGAGCCACACCUACGUGCCUUCCUCUCUAUGCUUUUACAGUGACACAACUGCACAGUUUGUCAAAGCCUGAAUCUGCUCUCACUGGAGAGCAUGUGUAGAUCCCUGAAUGCUACAAGUAAUUUUUUUUUUUUUUUUGCUGCAUUCAAAGCCGGUGUAGUUUAUUUGUCUUUACAAAUAGCACAGAUGUCAACAAUUACUCAUUUCCAUGAGCACGCAUUGGAGAUGCAAUUUUGUAAUCUUUGAUGUUUAUCAGAUUUUCAGGAAAAAAUGUGUUCAAAUAAAGUGAA